CGCGGUGCCUCGCCGUCGCGCAUGUUAAUGCUCGGUAAUUGCCCGGAGAGGCGAGGUGGGGCGGAGCCAUCCCCCGGCUGCCCGCCCUCCCUCGCUCCCGCCCCGCUGCUCUCCCCCCGCGCCGCCGCCGCCUCUCCUCCCCGGCCUCCCUGAUGCCGAGGAAUGGAUAGAGCGGCUGCCCUGCGAGCCGCCGGCAUGCUGGAGAGGAGGGAGCGGAGCGGUGGCGAGCCGGCGGCCGGCGGCGGCGCGGGGCCCCGGGCGGGCGCGGCAGCGCGGGGCUUGCCGGCCGUGCGGAGCACGCUGCAGCAGUGCGGGCUGCUGCAGGACCUCAUCGACAUCUCGCUGUCCAACCUGCGCGGGCUCCGCACCAAGUGCGCCGCGUCCAACGACCUCACCCAGCAGGAGAUCCGCACCCUGGAGGUGAAGCUGAUUGACUACAUCCACAGACAGCGGCAGUGUAAGCUGAGUGUGCCCCUCAAUGACAGGACAGCAGAGCUCAACAGCUACCCCAGAUUCCACGACUGGUUAGACAUUGUUAACGUGAGGAAAGAAGUUGUUCAGAGGAUACCAGAGGAGCUGACCUUAGAUGCCUUACUAGAAAUGAAUGAGUCAAAGGUGAAAGAAACAAUGAAGAGAUGUGGUGCCAGAGAUGAGGAAUGCUCCCGGCUCAAUGGGGCACUGAGCUGCUUACGGAAGGCGACUGAAUCAGGCGGGGAGCUCAGGGAUGAUGUGCUGAUGAACCUCUCUGAGGCGCGCCGAGAGAACAGCUCCACCAGCACCACCGAGUCCCCCGGCCCCGCUGCGCCCACAUGGACCCCCUCUGCACUGCACCCUCCCAAGGGCAACAGCCAGCAGCCACGCUCUGUGUCAGUCUCUACAAUCCCAGCUUCAGACUCUCUUGCCUCCAGUCAUGGACCUUCUAUCUAUGCAGAAAACCUCCUGGACCCUUUUGCAUUCCCCACACACAGUGGAAGGUUAACGCCAAGGACUCCUCACAGCAUCACCAUCACCCCUCCAACCACUCCUCAAACCAAGCGGCGGCACAAGUUGAAGCCCCCACGGACUCCUCCUCUCCCGUGCAGGAAGGUUUUUCAGCUGCUACCUAACUUCCCAACCCUCACAAGGAGCAAGUCCCACGAAUCCCAGUUGGGGAACAGGAUAGAUGAAGUUCCUCCAAUAAAGUUUGAGCUCUCCCAAGGAUCCCCUCAAACGGUACGAAGAGACUUUGGCUUAGCUGUAACACACAGGUUCUCUACAAAGUCUUGGUUAUCUCAGAUUUGCCAAGUCUGUCAGAAGAGCAUGAUGUUCGGGGUGAAGUGUAAGUACUGCAGAUUAAAAUGUCACAACAAAUGUACUAAAGAGGCACCUGCUUGUAGAAUCUCCUUCCUUCCCAUAGCAAAAAUAAGAAGAACAGAGUCUGUCCCUUCUGAUAUCAAUAAUCCAGUAGACAGGCCAACAGAACCACAAUUUGGAACUCUUCCCAAAGCACUAACUAAGAAGGAGCAUCCACCAGCAAUAAACCAUCUGGACUCCAGCAGUAAUCCUUCUUCUACAACCUCAUCCACACCCUCUUCUCCAGCCCCAUUCCAGUCUUCCAACCCUCCCAGCGCAACACCUCCCCCAAACCCCUCUCCUAUGGGCCACAGGGAUGGACGCUUUAACUUCCCAGCUGCCUACUACAUUCAGCACAGACAACAAUUCAUCUUCCCAGAAAUUCCCAGUCCUGCCCAGACAGCACAGCCUUCAGAAACAGCCACAGACACUAAUGCUGAUCAACAGCCAGGCACACACGGAGUUGAAUGUGAAGCAGAGGUGGAGGAACCAGAGGCUAAUAAAUCAGACCCUGAAGAUGACGAGGAUGAGGUGGAGGAUCUGCCAAACAGACGGCCCCGCUUGCAAGGGAUGAUUUACCGCAAGCCCAGCCAGACCAGUGUGUACCUGCAGGAGUGGGACAUCCCCUUUGAACAGAUUGAAUUGGGGGAUCCCAUUGGCCAAGGGCGGUGGGGGAAGGUCUACAAGGGGAAGUGGCAUGGGCAAGUGGCCAUCCGGCUGCUGGAGAUAGAUGGGAACAACCAGGAUCAUCUGAAGCUCUUUAAGAAGGAGGUGAUGAACUACAGGCAGACCCGGCAUGAGAACGUGGUACUCUUCAUGGGAGCAUGCAUGAACCCCCCUCAUCUAGCAAUCAUUACCAGCUUCUGCAAAGGAAGGACACUUCACUCGUUUGUGAGGGACCCCAAGAUAUCCCUGGACAUUAACAAAACCCGGCAGAUAGCACAGGAGAUCAUUAAGGGCAUGGGCUAUCUUCAUGCAAAGGGCAUUGUGCACAAGGAUCUGAAAUCCAAGAAUGUUUUCUAUGACAAUGGGAAAGUUGUGAUCACUGACUUUGGAUUAUUUGGAAUUUCGGGUGUGGUUCAGGAAGGAAGGAGGGAGAAUGAAUUGAAGCUGCCUCAUGACUGGUUAUGUUACCUGGCCCCCGAGAUUGUUCGUGAGAUGGCCCCUGGGAAAGAUGAGGACAAGCUGCCUUUCUCCAAAGCAGCAGAUAUCUACGCCUUUGGGACUGUGUGGUAUGAGCUCCAAGCAAGAGAGUGGCCUUUCAAGACCCAGCCUGCCGAGGCGCUCAUCUGGCAGAUUGGGAGUGGCGAAGGGGUGAAGCAAGUCCUUGCAACUGUCAGCUUGGGGAAAGAAGUCAAUGAGAUCCUCUCGGCGUGCUGGUCCUUCGACCCCUGCGAGAGGCCGAGCUUCACGGUCCUCAUGGAUAUGCUUGAAAAACUGCCAAAACUGAACCGUCGGCUCUCCCACCCGGGGCACUUCUGGAAGUCUGCUGACAUUAACAGUAGCAAAGUUGUGCUGCGCUUUGAGAGGUUUGGGUUGGGAAUCCUGGAACCGAGUCACCAGAAGCUGUAGCGGUCGUUGGCCCCGGCCCCGCUGCUCCCACCCGUGUCCGCACUCGGCCCCGGCGGCCCGGCCCUGCCCGAGCACCAGCGGUUGUGUAAGGAAUGUUUACAUGGAUCUUUGUGUGAACUCUAUUUUUUUAAGCACAAUAAAGCAGUGAAUCCGGUUGAA